AUGACGUCUUCAGGCUCAUCUCUUAUUGCCAAUCCACGCACGAUUUCCAAGGAGUUAGAAGCAAAAAUUUCAACGUCAAUUGCCAGUGUCAUUGCAUCGAGUGAUGUGGCUAAAUUGACAACAAAAAUGGUGCGCCAAGCAGUGGAAAAACAAGUGCGUGUGAGUCUUGCGACCCAUAAAGAUGUACUGAAGCGACUUAUGCAUCAAGAAUUACGCAAGUUUAAGUCAAAGAAAAUGGCCAAAAGAGUCGUGAUGGAACCUUGGAAGAUCGAUAUGAGACGAGAGAGCAUUGUCAAAGGUCUCUCGCGAGUCUACCUGAUGAUGCGUGAAUCUCCUGUGACCUUUCCAGACUGGGGAUUACACGCUAUACAGUCACUUUAUGACCUGCAGGCAGUAGAAGAGGGUGAAGUGUUGCGAUUAGCAACACUCUAUGCUCGACUUAUGGGUGCGUUGUGGCUGAAGGAAGACCGACAUGUAGAUUGGAUACCAGGCUCUAUUCCUACGCCUACGCAGCUCGUGAACGCUAUUCGAGCUGUUUACGUAGUCGAGAGACUAGGAAUCUCUCAUGCAAGACGUGUUGAGCUAUUGAACUUUUUUUGA